CUUUCUCUGUUUCUCUCUUUAUAAUAAAAACAAAAAUAGGUAGAACCGUAGAAGUUCUUAAAUGAAUCCAUCCCCUUGUAUUCUUAAUAAUGGACUACCAUAUAUCUGAAAUCCCCCCUCCAUGCUCCAGCACCAGCAGAAUAGAACCAAAACCCUAGAACAUGGAAAAGGGAAAACCAACAGGGUGAAAGCUCCGCCGCCCUUUUAUUAAUGUCUGUUGCUACUGUGAGAGCAACUGCUGCCUUUGUCUCAACGACUCCGACUCUGAAUAUCCUCCCAACUCCCGUCGUAUAACAACCAGCCUUCUUUCCCUUUUGUGUCUUUGAGAUGGAAGAACAAAGUUCCCAUCAAAGUCAGAUAAUUGAUAUAUGUGGUGAGGUGCCUCUUGGAGCUACAAGUGUAGGGGGGAGUAAGAUAUGUGGUGGUGCACCUUGUGGAUUUUCAGAUGCCAGUACCAGUUCCAAGGAUGCUAAAGAACGGAAUGCAUCCAUGCGGAAGCUUUUGAUAGCAGUUGUACUUUGUGUCAUCUUCAUGAGUGUGGAAGUAGCUGGUGGCAUUAAAGCCAACAGUCUUGCAAUCUUAACUGAUGCAGCUCAUCUACUCUCGGAUGUUGCAGCUUUUGCUAUAUCAUUAUUCUCCUUGUGGGCAUCAGGGUGGGAGGCAACUCCACGCCAGUCUUAUGGGUUUUUUAGGAUUGAAAUCUUGGGUGCCCUUGUUUCCAUCCAGCUCAUAUGGCUCCUUACUGGGAUACUAGUUUAUGAAGCCAUCGAUAGAAUCAUCCAUGGCACAGGCGAAGUCCAUGGCUUCCCGAUGUUUGUUGUUGCUGCAUUUGGUUUGGUGGUUAAUGUGAUCAUGGCUUUCUUAUUGGGUCAUGAUCAUGGCCAUGGCCAUGGCCAUGGCCACAGUGGACAUGAUAAUGGUCAUAACCAUGGUGAUCAUGACCACCAUGAUCAUGGCCACAGCCAUGGGAUUAGCAUUAUUUCACAUAAUGCACAUGAUCAUGGUCAUGUGCAUGAAGUUGAAGAACCCCUGCUUCACAAAUCUGCUCAUGAUGCACGUGAAUCAAAAGGAGGAGAAUGUCAUAAACAGAAGAAACAACGGAAUAUUAAUGUGCAAGGGGCUUAUCUCCAUGUGCUAGGGGACUCCAUCCAGAGUAUUGGGGUGAUGAUCGGAGGUGCAGUAAUUUGGCAAAAACCAGAGUGGAAAAUAAUUGAUCUCAUAUGCACUCUCAUAUUCUCUGUAAUUGUGCUGGGCACAACGAUCAAGAUGCUGCGAAGCAUACUGGAAGUUUUGAUGGAGAGCACGCCAAGAGAAAUAGAUGCAACUAUGCUUGAGAAGGGCCUCUGUGAGAUGGAUGAAGUGGUAGCCAUUCAUGAACUGCACAUAUGGGCCAUUACUGUUGGAAAGGUCCUCUUAGCCUGCCAUGUAAGGAUCAAGCCAGAAGCAGAUGCAGACAUCGUCUUGGACAAGGUGGUAGAUUAUAUAAGGAGGGAGUACAACAUCAGCCACGUAACUAUACAAAUAGAGCGCUAGUGGUAGUAUGGAGAAAGGCAGAAAAAUUGCAGUAAUUAGAAACAUUGUUGUCUCAGCAAUUGGACAUAUGUUGUGCUACCUAUUGUACUAAGAGUUGCAUUCUUUUAAUUGCUUUAGAGACUUGGAUCGUCUUUAUUGAAUAUAUACCCAACAUUUAUUGGUUUCAUACCA